UCUCUUCCCUCCACUUAUUCUCUGAGCUCUCUGCCGCCUUCUUUGUAUUUCUUCUCUCCGUUCACUUUUGUCUCUCACACUCUUAGUCUGAUCUCUUCUCUCUCGUGCUCUCAAAGGGUAUCUCUAGAUCCUCUCUCCCUUUCAGUAUAAGCUGCUGGGUUUAGGAGAGAUGUCGAAAGCUGGAGUCUUUGAUCUCGCAUCUGGGGUUGGCGGUAAGAUCGACAAGGCCGAGGUUCAGUCUUCUGUUGACAAGUAUGAGAAGUACCAUGGUUACUAUGGAGGCGAAGAGGAGGAGAGAAAGAGUAAUUACAGUGAUAUGGUCAAUAAAUACUAUGAUCUUGUCACUAGUUUCUAUGAAUAUGGCUGGGGAGAAUGUUUCCACUUUGCACCAAGAUGGAAAGGAGAAUCCCUUCAAGAGAGUAUUAAGCGCCACGAACACUUCCUUGCAUUACAUUUAAACUUGAAACCUGGACAGACGGUCUUGGACGUAGGGUGUGGGAUUGGUGGGCCAUUAAGAGAAAUCGCACGUUUCAGUCUUACAAAGGUCACGGGCCUCAACAACAACGAAUAUCAGAUAGCUAGAGGAAAGGUGUUGAACCGUGCAGUGGGAUUAGAGCAAAGUUGUGGCUUUGUGAAGGCAGACUUCAUGAAAAUGCCGUUCCCCGACAAUAACUUUGAUGCUAUAUAUGCGAUUGAAGCUACUUGCCACGCACCCGAUUCGGUUGGAUGCUACAAGGAGGUAUAUAGAGUACUCAAGCCCGGUCAGUGUUUUGCUGCUUAUGAAUGGUGCAUGACUGAUUCCUACAAUCCCGACAGCUUAGAGCACAAGAAAAUCAAGUCAGAAAUCGAGCUUGGUAAUGGCCUCCCUGAAAUAAGGCUGACUACGCAAUGCCUUGAAGCUGCCAAGAAAGCGGGAUUUGAAGUUGUUUGGGAGAAGGAUCUUGCAGAGGAUUCGCCUAUCCCUUGGUAUUUGCCGUUGGAUACAAGUCACUUCUCACUCAGUAGCUUCCGUCUAACAGCUGUUGGGCGUCUCGUGACCCGAAAUUUGGUCAAGGCACUCGAAUACGUGGGAAUUGCUCCCAAAGGAAGCCAAAGGGUUCAAGAUUUCUUAGAGAAAGCAGCCGAAGGACUUGUUGCCGGUGGAAAGAAAGGGAUCUUCACGCCAAUGUACUUCUUCGUGGUACGCAAGCCCAUCUCGGCCAGUGAGUAAUGUGGAAGCAAGGCGGGCAUAGUUGCGGGAAAUCUACAAGAACCCAUAUCUGGAUUCCUAGCUGGCUUAAGUUGCUUGUCUGUUUUGAUUGUGGUUCAACUCCAGUUUUUAACAAGUGAUAUUUACUUCCUGCUUUAUCUCUGUUGCGGCCCUGGGAACAUUAUGAUGUGGUCUUCAGUGUACUACCUAGAAUUAGUUCUUCCGCCGUUGAUUGUGGCUAAGAUUGUGAACAUUGUGUUGUCUAAAGAUUAGAUUUUUAAUGUGGUACAGCCCAGAAAUCAGCAUUAUUCGCUGUCAUGCUUUUUUUU